GUCCAAACCCGACUUGGGACUUUUUCAGUUAUUUGUCUCAAAUCUCUUCACCGACUCUCAGGUCUUUUGGGCAGCCCCCUAAACCGUUCAUUCAGUUUUAUUGAUGCCUGCCCUAAGCCUGGCGCUGAGGAUGGAGAGGAGAAAGAGCCCUGUUACCCCAGAACUGGCUUUCUGUAAGCGGGACGGACACCCGGACCUGCAUUGCCCUUCAGAGUGAUAGGUGCCAUGGCAGAGCGGCGCACGGCGCCUGGGCACAGGCACCCGCCCCAACUCCUAGGAAAGGGAGACCUGGAAGGCUUGGAAGGAAACAGAAACGCUUGAAUUGAGCCUUGAAAGGCGGGUUAAGGUUUCGCACCGCAGAGGUGCCGGGCACUCCGCGAGCAAAGGCAGAGGAGCAAGAAAAAGCAAGUCGCUUAGGAAGCCUGUUCAAAGUUUGGAACUUACAAGCAAACAGUGGCCAGAGGAAUGGGAAAAGUUCGCUCCCAGGACCCUGGACAGCGCCGGGUGCUGGACCGGGCUGCCCGGCAGCGCCGCAUCAACAGGCAGCUCGAGGCCUUGGAGAAUGACAACUUCCAGGACGACCCCCACGCAGGCCUCCCCCAGCUCGGCAAGAGGCUGCCUCAGUUUGAUGAUGAUGCAGACACUGGAAAGAAAAAAAAGAAAACUCGAGGUGAUCAUUUUAAACUUCGCUUCCGAAAAAACUUCCAGGCCUUGCUGGAGGAGCAGAACCUGAGCGUGGCGGAGGGCCCCAACUACCUGACGGCCUGCGCAGGGCCCCCGUCCCGCCCUCAGCGCCCCUUCUGUGCUGUGUGCGGCUUCCCUUCCCCCUACACCUGCGUCAGCUGCGGAGCGCGGUACUGCACGGUGCGCUGUCUGGGCACCCACCAAGAGACCAGGUGUCUGAAGUGGACUGUCUGAGCCUGGGGUCUCCAGAGAGGAAGGACCUCCAUGCACCACCAAGGAAGCGCCCUGAACAGAGGGAGGAGCCACGUGUUCCCCUAGCACAGCUCUGUUGUCCCUGCAGGGACUGCCAGUCUUGCUCCUGGGGUCAUCCAGCAGGGUGGGCCCAGCCUGCAGAGUGCUGUGGUAAUAAAAGGCCUGGUGCCCGGA